CACUUCACGACAGUCACGCCUAGACAUCAGACGUGUCUCGGGAGGGCGCAGAGAGUAAAUCCCAGUAAAUCCUCGAGUGAUCAUCCCGGGAAAUCCCCGAGUGUAAUCCCUUGCAUGCAACCAAGAGGACGAUUGUUUCCCGCACUGUUGAACAUCGUGGAGGUUAGUCAGCUGAUAGCCUCACUGAGGUCGCAGUUGCCAGCCACCACAUAGGGACCAGACCACAGAGCAGUCAGUCACCGCGCUGGCCUGAGUAAUUGCGCAUCGUUGUGUAAGCCGUGCAACGCACUUCUAGCUCCCCAAACCCUCUUAAUAUCAUGGCCAGCAUUUCCUGGAAGCCUGUGGAAGGGCCGCUCGGAGAGGAGCUGAGGAAGACCCUGUCAGCGAGCUACGGGGACUUCGUGGAGGUCCAUCCAGGCCACUUGGUGCUCUCCAUCUACCACAAAGAUUGGUACCAGCGCCAAUUGGAUUUCCCCAUCAAGAAAGAUGACGUGUGGGUGAUCACUUAUCCCAAGUCAGGGACUACAUGGAUGCAAGAGGUGACAUGGUGUGUGGUGAUGGGCAUCGACCACCCGCAGAUCUCCCUCCCCCUCAUGAUGAGGUUCCCCUUCUUUGAGUGGGAUUCCAUGAUACCCCCUGACUUUAUGGACAAAAAACUUUGUGCUGAUGACCCUUGCCUGCCAGGAAACACAUGGAAAAUUAUGGCCAACAUGUCCUCCCCACGAACCAUCAAGAGCCACCUGCAAGUGCCUCUGCUGCCCAAGCAAAUGUGGGAGGUCAAGCCAAAGAUAAUCUAUGUAUGCCGUGAUCCCAGGGACGUGUGUAUCUCUUACUAUUUCCACUCCGUCAAGCUAGAUGGCUACAAAAAAGAGCUUUCAGACUUUGUAGAGCUCUUUUUGGCUGACAUGGUGCCCUUUGCACCCUUCUGGUCACAUAUUCUGGACUUCUGGAGGAGAAGAGAUCAAGAAAACAUAUUGUUUGUGAGGUUUGAAGAUAUGAAGGAGGAUUUGCCAAGUGUGGUGCAGAAGGUGGCAGAUUUCUUGGGCAAGCAGCUGAGUGCAGAGGAAGUGAUGAAGAUUGCUGACCAUUGUUCAUUUGGAAGCAUGAGUAAAAAUAAAGCAGUCAACAAUGAGAGUAUUGCUGCUCCAGAAAGUGAAAAAGCUAAAGGACUAAAGUUCAUGAGGAAAGGAAAGGUGGGUGACUGGAAGAACCACUUGACUGACACCCAGAUCAAGGCCUUCAAGGAGUGGACAUUCAAGCACCUGGAAGGAUCAGACUUCCCUUACUACCAGGACUAUGAGUGAACCCAACUUAUUGCUGGAGCUGCUACCCAUCUAUGAUCAAGCUGAAAGUUAUCACUAAUUAAAAAAACAUGGAAGUGUUGCAUUGCCAAUUGAUAAAAGAGAAAAUUAAGUGCUAUAACAUGCCAGAAUAAUUGCUGUCUGAACCCUAAUGCAGGCUUCUUUCCAGCAACAGCCAUCAAGGAGGGUAUUUACUUAGUCCAUAUACUGACUAAAGCCACGGUUGUGAAGUCAACUUUAGGGAUUUGAGAAUGCUCAAUGAAUGCUCAAAUAAAUAUUUUAUUGAUUAUUUAACAUGUAGGAAUGAAGUUCUUAGCUCACUUGAAUGGACUAGAACAUUACAAAAAAACUGAUAAUAAAUAAGAAUAAAAGUGUACAUCAACUUUAAUUACAUCAACAUUGUUUCCACAAACUAUGCUGAGUGAGUGCACAGGUCUGAGUUUAUUUGAGGCAAUGAGUUUGUUAAGUUAUAAUAGCCAGCCAUUUAUUUAGUAAUUCCAAGUGGUCAUUUAUGAAAUGCUCAAAGAAAGGUGAGAUACAGAUGAGUGUCAAGACCACACACAGUCAUAGCCUGUGCUCCCACCUUCACUUUUUUAGGAACAUGGAAACAAAUAAGAGGUUUUAUGUUGUCAGCUUCUGAGAGAAAUCAUCAGCAUCUCAGAAUCCAACAGUACCCAUCAGCUGCUCACAGAAGACCCAAGAUAAGCUGUUACAAAUCUUGUUAUAUCCAGUGAAAACAGGAUAGCACAGUACAGCCAAUAUAACAUUCAGUAAUGGAAACAUCAAUGAAAGGUGGAGGUCUGAGGCUGAAGUAACCUCAAGUUGAGUGACCUGUAAGUAAUGUCUUAAUGAGAUAUGCAUCACAUUUUUCCUUCAACCAGAAACAAGUAUCACAUACCCGUGUGCUACGUGAAUGUAAUGAAAACAAUAACAUGAAAAAUAUUCUCCUGUACACCCUGGGACAGCCUAAUUGUUCGAGCAAUAAUUUUCCAAGUGUUUAAACAAAA